CCUAAACCCAUAUUGUUUUGCUGUAUGGAGUUACAGAACUAAGUGUUAAACACUUUCCCAUUCCCUCAAGGUUUUGCUUUUAAUGCUUUGGAAGAAUGGCGGAAGGUGCAGAUGGAGAGGAAGAGAUUCAGUUUCUGCGUACGGAUGAUCAGGUGGUGCUGCAGUGCACCGCGUCCAUUCUCAAGGAACAGAUCAAGCUGUGUCUGUCAUGCGAAGGAUUUGGGAAUCGUCUUUGUUUCCUGGAGACCACCUCCAAUGCACAGAACAUCCCUCCAGACCUCGCGAUCUGCUGCUUCAUUCUGGAACAGUCUCUUUCUGUGCGGGCUUUACAGGAAAUGCUGUCCAACUCGUCAGUGGAUGAGGCUGUUGAUUUGGACAAAUGGUCGUCACAAGGUGGGGGUCACCGCACGCUGCUGUACGGACACGCCAUCCUCCUGAAGCACACUCACUCCAGCAUGUACUUGUGCUGUUUGACGACGUCGCGCUCCCUGACGGACAAGUUGGCUUUCGAUGUGGGUUUGCAGGAAGAUUCCACAGGAGAGGCCUGCUGGUGGACCAUCCAUCCAGCCUCUAAGCAGAGGUCUGAAGGAGAGAAGGUCAGGGUGGGAGACGACCUCAUUCUUGUCAGUGCUUCCUCAGAGCGAUACCUGCAUCUGUCCUACGCCAGCGGGGACUUGAUGGUCGACGCCUCGUUCAUGCAAACACUGUGGACCAUGACCCCCGUGAUGUCUGGCUGUGAGCUGGCUGAAGGUUUUCUGACCGGAGGGUACGUGCUCAGGCUGUUCCACGGUCACAUGGACGAGUGUUUGGCAAUACCUGGAGCUGAACAAGGGGACGACCAGCGCAGAGUUGCUCAUUAUGAAGGAGGGGCUGUAUGCAGUCACGCCCGAUCCCUGUGGAGACUCGAGCCACUUCGCAUCGCUUGGAGCGGGGGUCACAUUAAAUGGGGCCAGUCCUUCCGGAUCCGUCACAUAACAACCGGCCGAUACCUUUGUCUGGAUGAGGAGAAGGGGCUGCUGCUGGUGGACCCGGAGAAGGCCAAUUCCAAGAUGUCGGCCUUCUGUGUCAGGAUUUCAAAGGAAAAAAUCGAAGUGAUCCAAAAGCGAGACGUGGAAGGCAUGGGCACGCCCGAGAUCAAGUACGGAGAGUCCAUGUGCUUCGUACAGCACGUGUCAACCGGCCUCUGGCUCACCUACGCUGCUGUUGACGCCAAAUCUGCCCGCCUGGGUCCUCUAAAGAGAAAGGCCAUACUCCACAAAGAAGGUCACAUGGACGACGCGCUCACAGUGGCUCGAUCGCAGACCGAAGAGUCCCAAGCGGCCAGAAUGAUUUUCAGCACAUCGGCCCUCUUUAACCAGUUCAUCAAAGGUUUAGAUGCUCUGAGUGGGAAAAACAAGUCCGCCAACUCGUCAUCUCUGCCCAUGGACACCGUGGUGCUCUCCCUGCAGGACCUCCUCUUCUACUUCCGCCCCCCCGAGGAGGAGCUGGAGCACGAGGACAAGCAGUUCAAGCUCCGCUCCCUCAAGAACAGACAGAACCUCUUCCAGGAAGAGGGAAUGAUAAGUCACGUCCUGGACUGUGUAGAUCGCCUCAAUGUCUACAACACAGCAGCCCACUUCUCAGAGUACGCUGGGGAGGAGGCCGCAGAGUCAUGGAAGGAGAUCGUCAAUUUACUGUAUGAUUUGCUCGCUUCUCUGAUCAGAGGUAAUCGUGCUAACUGCGCCCUGUUCUGUGAUAACCUCGACUGGCUGGUCAGUAAACUGGAUCGUCUGGAGGCAUCUUCAGGAAUCCUGGAGGUGUUGUAUUGUGUUCUGAUUGAGAGUCCAGAGGUGCUGAACAUCAUCCAGGAAAAUCACAUCAAAUCCAUCAUCUCUCUGCUGGAUAAGCACGGGCGCAACCACAAGGUCUUGGACGUGCUCUGCUCGCUGUGUGUGUGUAACGGGGUGGCGGUGAGGUCCAAUCAGAAUCUCAUCACGGAGAAUCUGCUUCCAGGUCGUGACCUUUUACUUCAAACCAACAUUAUCAAUUACGUUACCAGCAUGAGACCCAACAUCUUCCUUGGAACUUGUGAAGGAUCCACUCAGUACAAGAAGUGGUACUUUGAGGUGAUGGUGGACAAAGUGGAGCCGUUCCUCACGGCUCAGCCGUACCACCUGCGGGUGGGCUGGGCUCUGACGGAGGGCUACAGCCCGUACCCCGGGGGAGGGGAGGGCUGGGGGGCCAACGGGGUCGGGGAUGACCUCUACUCCUACGGCUUCGACGGGCUCCACCUCUGGUCGGGGCGUGUUCCGCGCCAUGUCGCCACGCCCAAUGAGCACCUCCUGGCAGCCGAGGACGUGAUCAGCUGCUGUUUGGACCUGAGCGUGCCCAGUAUCUCCUUCCGAAUCAACGGGCAUCCUGUUCAGGGCAUGUUCGAGAACUUCAACCUGGACAGCUUGUUCUUCCCCGUCGUCAGCUUCUCUGCAGGCGUGAAGUUGCGAUUUCUACUUGGAGGGCGCCACGGGGAUUUUAAGUUCCUCCCACCUCCAGGAUACGCUCCGUGCUACGAGGCGGUUCUGCCGAGGGACCGUCUGCGCAUUGAGCCCAUCAAGGAGUACAAGCAUGAUUUUGAUGGCGUACGCAACCUGUUGGGUCCAACUCAGUGCCUCUCUCAUACAGCCUUCACUCCUGGCCCUGUGGACACUAUACAGAUUGUACUUCCUCCUCAUUUGGAGCGCAUCCGAGAGAAGCUUGCAGAGAAUAGCCACGAGUUAUGGGCUGUGACUCGCAUUGAACAAGGGUGGACCUUCGGAUCAUUUCGUGACGACAACAAGAAGCUGCAUCCCUGCUUGGUGGACUUCCAGAGUCUGCCUGAACCAGAGAAGAACUACAACUUAGCGAUGUCAGGAGAGACACUGAAGACUCUGCUGGCACUCGGCUGUCACGUGGGAAUGGGAGAUGAGAAAGCCGAAGAGAAUCUGAAAAAGAACAAGCUCCCCAAAACUUUCAUGCAGAGCAGCGGAUAUAAGCCCGCCCCUCUGGACCUCAGCUACGUGAAGCUAACUCCCAAUCAGAACACUCUGGUGGAGAGACUGGCAGAAAACGGACACAACGUGUGGGCACGGGACCGGGUUCGCCAAGGCUGGACAUACAGCAUCGUGCAGGACAUAAUGAACAAGCGCAAUCCCCGCCUGGUUCCCUACAACCUGCUCGAUGAAAAGACUAAAAAGACCAACAGGGACACCGUUUCUGCGGCCGUUCGCACGCUCAUCGGAUACGGUUACAACAUAGAGCCGCCGGACCAGGAGAGCAGCGGGCACGGACCAGCGACGGGCGAUAAGAUCAGAGUAUUCAGAGCGGAGAAAUCGUACGCCAUCACACAGGGGAAGUGGUACUUUGAGUUUGAGGCUGUGACAGUCGGGGAGAUGCGAGUGGGCUGGGCCCGGCCCAGUGUCCGCGCAGACACUGAACUCGGUGCCGAUGAGCUGGCGUACGUCUUCAAUGGCUUCAAGGCCCAACGUUGGCAUGUGGGAAAUGAGCCGUUUGGUCGACAGUGGCUCUCUGGCGACGUGGUGGGUUGUAUGAUGGACCUCACGGAGAUGAACAUCAUGUUCACACUCAACGGAGAAAUGUUGAUCAGCGACUCGGGCUCGGAGAUAGCCUUUAAGGAUAUUGAAAUUGGAGAGGGCUUCAUACCCGUGUGCAGUCUGGGCCUGUCCCAGAUCGGCAGGAUCAACUUGGGUCAGAACGUCAGCAGUCUUCGUUACUUUACCAUCUGUGGCCUGCAGGAGGGAUUUGAACCCUUUGCUAUCAACAUGAAAAGAGACAUAACCAUGUGGUUCAGCAAGAGCCUUCCCCAGUUCAUCAAUGUGCCGACGGAUCAUCCUCACAUGGAGGUGUCCCGUGUUGACGGGACCGUGGAAAGCGCCCCGUGUCUCAAAGUGACCCACAAGACAUUCGGAUCGCAGAACGCCAACACGGAUUUGCUAUUCUUCAGACUCAGCAUGCCAGUUGAGUUUCACGAGACCUUCAAAGUUCCGGCGGGCACCACCCUGCUCACCCGCGCACUGACGAUCCCCGAGGACGAGGUGUUGGAGUUCGACCCCGACUCUGACUUUGAAAUACUCAAGAAGUCAGCAAGUCGCAAGGAGCAGGAAGAGGAGAAGAAAGAACCCUCCGUGGCCAAAGAGAUCCCCGCCACUAAAAACGGAGAAAACGAGAAGGAUGCCUCGACUGAGAAAAGCAAGAAGAAAGGAUUCCUUUUCAAGGCUAAGAAGGCUGCGUUAAUUAACCCACCGCCUGUUGUUCCCACCAUGCCGCGCCUGAUGGAAGACGUGGUGCCGGACGACAGGGACGACGUCGACAUCAUCUCCAACACCACGACAUACUUUUAUUCUGUGAGAGUGUUUGCGGGCCAGGAGCCCAGCGGCGUGUGGGUCGGCUGGAUCACGCCCGACUAUCACCAGUACGACCCCCAUUUUGACAUCAGCAAAGUGAGGAACGUCACAGUCACCGUCGGCGACGAUAAAGGAAACAUACACGACAGUAUAAAGCGCAGUAACUGCUACAUGGUGUGGGGAGGAGAGUUCAGCAGCUCCCAGCAGACCCGAGUCAGCCAAGAGGACUUUGUGAUCGGUUGUCUCAUUGAUUUAGAAACGGGACUCAUGACUUUCACUGCGAAUGGAAAAGAGAUCAACACGUUCUACCAGGUGGAGCCCAACACAAAAUUGUUCCCGGCCGUCUUCGUCCUUCCAUCCAGUCAGAAUAUGAUUCAGUUUGAAUUAGGCAAGCUGAGGAACAUUAUGCCGAUCUCAACCGCCAUGUUCCGGAGUGAACGCAAGAACCCCGUUCCCCAAUGCCCCCCCAGGCUGGAUGUCCAGAUGUUAACUCCAGUCAUCUGGAGCCGCAUGCCCAACCACUUCCUGGCUCCGGAGGUGGGUCGUAUCAGUGAGAGACUGGGCUGGGGGGUGCAGUGUCAGGAGCCGCUCACCAUGAUGGCCCUCCACAUCCCAGAAGAGAACAGGUGUAUUGACAUCCUGGAGCUGUCUGAGCGUAUGGACUUAUUGAAGUUCCACUAUCACACUCUGAAGCUGUACGGCUUAGUGUGCGCUCUGGGCAACAACCGCGUGGCUCACGCUCUGUGCAGCCACGUGGACGAGUCGCAGCUCUUCUACGCCAUCGAGAACACCUACCUGCCCGGACCAAUGAGGAGCGGCUUCUACGACCUGCUCAUCAGCAUGCACCUGGAGUCCGCCAAGAGGAACCGACUGGGAACCAACAAGGAAUUCAUCGUUCCGAUGACGGACGAAACGCGCAGCAUCACUCUGUACUCUGACAAAUCGGAUGCGUUACCCGGGGUUGGCCUCACGACGUGCCUGCGCCCCAAACUCCAUUUCUCCUCCAUUGGGUUUAUAGGAACCGAUCUGGGCAUCUACACACUGAGUCCAGUCAUCCCCUUACAGGUGUUGAAGACCAAAGCCCUGACCAUGCUGACGGAGGCCGUGCAAGACGGAGCUCAAGCCAUGAGAGAUCCCGUGGGAGGUAGUGUGGAGUUUCAUUUUGUCCCCAUCCUGAAGCUCAUCAGCACCCUCCUCAUCAUGGGUGUGUUUGACGAUGAAGACGUGACGCACAUCCUGAAGAUGCUCGACCCCAUAGUCUUCAGUGGCAAGAAAGCCGAGGAGCCUGCGGAGGAGAAGGCCAACGUGAAAGGAGAGAAGGAACAAAAAACGCCCUCAAAAGAAGGAGCCGCGAAGGUGGAGCAGCAGGAAGGCGUCAGGGAAGUGGAAGAGGAGGAGGAAUUUGAGGACGAUGGCUUGGGGGAAGAGGAUGAGGAAGAGGAAGAAGAGGGGACGGACGCGAUUGUGCCACAUUUGGAGAAAGUGGAUGAGACUGAGCAAGUAAAUGGAGAGAAAGGAGCCGAGGAAACGGAGAAGGAGAUUAAAGAGGAGAACAAAGGAGAACAACUGGAGCAAGGACUCUUCCAGAUGAAGCUACCGGAGUCGGUCAAAUUGCAGAUGUGUGUGCUACUGCAGUUUUUCUGUGACUGUGAGCUACGUCACAGAGUCGAGGCCAUCACGGCUUUCUCAGACCAGUUCGUAGGCAAGAUCCAGUGCAACCAGCGGCAGCGCUACAACGAGCUGAUGCUGGCCUUCACCAUGAGCGCCGCGGAGACGGCCCGCAAGACCCGGGAAUUCCGCUCCCCACCUCAGGAGCAGGUCAACAUGCUCAUGAACUUCAAGAACUGCACUGAGGAUGAAAAGUGCCCCAUUCCCGAUGAGGUCCGCGAAGCCCUGCUGACUUUUCACAACGCGCUGCUGGCUCACUGCGGUGUUCAUAUCGAGGAAGAAGGACAAGAGGAAGAAGUGGAUAACUCUCUCCGUGGACGACUCGUCCGUUUGUUGGCAAAGGUGAAAAGACUCCGCGAGAAGAAGGUCUUGGUGGAGCCUGAACCGCAGGAAGACAAAAAGCCAAGCACGUUGCAGGAGCUGAUCUCCCACACGAUGAUCCAUUGGGCUCAGGAGUCGUUCAUCCAGAACCCUGAACUGGUGCGCAUGAUGUUCAGCCUCCUUCACCGGCAGUACGACGGGCUCGGCGAGCUCAUGCGAGCCCUCCCCAAGGCCUACAUCAUCAACGCCGUGUCCAUCCACGACACCAUGGACUUGCUGGACUGCCUGGGCCAGAUCCGCUCGCUGCUCAUUGUCCAGAUGGGUUCGGAAGAGGAGAGGCUUAUGAUUCAAAGCAUCGGGGACAUCAUGAGUAACAAAGUGUUCUACCAGCACCCCAACUUGAUGCGAGCCUUGGGCAUGCAUGAGACCGUCAUGGAGGUCAUGGUCAACGUGCUCGGUGGCGGGGACUCAAAGGAGAUCAGAUUCCCUAUGGUUGUGACCAACUGCUGCCGUUUUCUUUGCUAUUUCUGUCGCAUCAGUCGUCAGAACCAGCGCUCCAUGUUCGACCACCUCAGCUACCUUCUCCAGAACAGUGGCAUCGGCCUCGGAAUGCGUGGCUCCACCCCCUUGGACGUGGCCGCAGCCUCGUGUAUCGACAACAACGAGCUGGCGUUGGCUCUCCAAGAGCAGGAUCUAGAAAUGGUGGUGAAGUAUCUCGCUGGAUGUGGACUUCAGAGCUGUCCGAUGCUGCUGGCCAAAGGCUAUCCGGACAUCAGCUGGAAUCCUUGUGGCGGAGAGAAAUACCUCGACUUCCUUCGUUUCGCCGUGUUUGUCAAUGGAGAGAGCGUCGAGGAGAACGCCAAUGUGGUGGUGCGCCUCCUCAUCCGCAGGCCCGAGUGCUUUGGUCCAGCCCUGAGAGGAGAGGGUGGUAAUGGUCUGUUGGCCGCAAUAGAGGAGGCCAUCAAGAUCUCAGAGGACCCUGCAAGGGACGGCCCCAGUGUUAAGAAAGACAGACGCUUUCCCAUGUUCGGAGGAGAGGAGCAGCAUGAAGAGAACAAGGUGCACCUGGGAAAUGCCAUCAUGUCCUUCAACUCUGCCCUCAUUGACUUGCUGGGACGCUGCGCUCCAGAGAUGCAUUUGAUCCAGGCGGGUAAGGGGGAGGCCCUGAGAAUCCGAGCCAUCCUGAGAUCUCUGGUCCCCAUCGAGGAUCUGGUGGGCGUCAUCAGCCUUUCUGUUCAGAUUCCUUCGUUCGGAAAAGACAACAGCAUCGUAGAACCAAAGAUGUCGGCGAGCUUCGGGCCCGAUCACAAGGCUCCCAUGGUGCUGUUCCUGGACAGAGUGUACGGUAUUGACAACCAGGACUUCCUGCUCCACGUGCUGGAGGUGGGCUUCCUCCCCGACAUGAGGGCUGCUGCCUCUCUGGACACGGCUGCGUUCAGCACCACGGAGAUGGCCCUGGCGUUGAACCGCUACCUGUGUUCCGCCGUGCUGCCGCUCAUCACCAAGUGCGCCCCGCUCUUCGCCGGCAGCGACCACCGAGCUAUAAUGAUCGACUCCAUGCUGCACACCAUCUACCGGCUGUCUCGAGGACGAGCCUUCACCAAGGCCCAGCGAGACAUCAUCGAAGAGUGCCUCAUGGCUUUGUGCAAACAUCUGCGUCCGUCCAUGCUUCAGCACCUGCUGAGACGGCUGGUGUUCGAUGUGCCCAUUCUCAAUGAGUUCGCCAAAAUGCCCCUAAAGCUCUUGACCAAUCACUACGAGCGCUGUUGGAAAUAUUAUUGCCUCCCUAACGGUUGGGGCAACUUUGGAAUCUCAUCAGAAGAGGAGCUGCAUCUGACCCGCAAACUGUUUUGGGGGAUCUUUGAAUCGCUGACACAAAAGAAAUUCGAUGCUGAGAUUUUCAAAAUUUCAAUGCCAUGCAUCUGCGCCAUUGCCGGAGCCAUUCCUCCCGACUACGUGGACGCCAGCUACUCCUCAAAAACAGAGAAGAAGGCUUCAGUAGAUGCAGAGGGCAACUUUGAUCCUAAACCAGUAGAGACCACAAACACUAUCAUCCCAGAGAGACUGGAUCCCUUUAUCAACAGAUACGCUGAAUAUACACACGAUAGAUGGGCCUUUGAAAAGAUCCAGAAUAACUGGUCAUACGGCGAGGUGCUGGAUGAAAAUGCAAAAACUCAUCCCAUGCUCCGACCGUACAAAACCUUCUCGGAGAAGGACAAAGAGAUAUACCGCUGGCCAAUCAAGGAGUCGGUCAAAGCCAUGCUGGCAUGGGAAUGGACCCUCGAUAAAGCUCGAGAGGAAGAGGAGUCAGAGAAGAAGAAGGCCGUCUCCCGAAAGAUCUCACAAACUGCUCAGGCAACCUAUGACCCGAGCAGUGGCUACAGUCCACAGCCCAUCGAUGUCACACACAUGGCUCUUUCAAGAGACCUGCAGUCUAUGGCAGAGCAACUGGCAGAAAACUACCACAACACCUGGGGCCGAAAGAAAAAGCUGGAACUGCAGUCUAAAGGAGGAGGAACACAUCCUUUGCUGGUGCCCUACGACACUCUGACGGCAAAAGAAAAGGCACGAGACAGAGAGAAGGCUCAUGAACUGCUCAAGUUCCUGCAGCUUAAUGGAUAUGCGGUCACAAGGAGCCUGAAAGACAUGGAGUCUGACAUCUCGUCCAUCGAGAAGAGAUUCGCUUACGGUUUCCUGCAGAAGCUUUUGAAAUGGAUGGAAAUCGCCCAGGAGUUCAUCGCUCACCUUGAGGCCGUGGUGAGCAGUGGACGAGUGGAAAAGUCUCCUCAUGAGCAGGAAAUCAAGUUCUUUGCCAAGAUCUUGAUGCCUCUCAUCAACCAAUACUUUAAAAACCACUGCCUCUACUUCUUGUCGACGCCUGCAAAGGUUCUGGGUAGCGGUGGGCACUCGUCCAAUAAAGAGAAGGAGAUGAUCGCAAGUAUCUUCUGUAAAAUGUCUGCUCUGGUGAGGCAAAGAGUUUCUCUCUUUGGAACGGACGCGUCCGCCAUCGUUAACUGUCUUCACAUUCUGGCGCGGUCAUUGGACGCAAGGACAGUGAUGAAGUCCGGGCCUGAGAUUGUGAAAGCAGGGCUGCGCUCGUUCUUUGAGAGCGCUGCUGACGACAUAGAGAAGAUGGUCGAGAACCUCAAACUGGGGAAAGUAUCCAAAGGCAAUCAGCAAGUGAAAGGCGUCUCCCAGAAUAUUAACUACACAACCAUCGCGCUGCUCCCGGUGCUCACCUCCCUAUUUGAUCACAUCGCUCAGCACCAGUUUGGAGAUGAUGUCAUGCUGGAUGAUCUACAGAUGUCGUGCUACCGCAUCAUGUGCAGCAUCUACUCCCUGGGGACGGUGAAGAAUCCACAUGUUGAGAGGCAGAGACCAGCUCUCGGAGAAUGUCUGGCUCACCUUGCAGCAGCCAUGCCCGUGGCCUACCUGGAGCCCCAUCAGAAUGAAUACAACGCUUUCUCUGUCUACACCACAAAGACACCCAGAGAAAGAGCCAUCUUGGGCCUUCCCAAUAAGGUCCAGGAAUUAUGUCCGGACAUCCCAGAGCUGGACGCUCUGCUGAAGGAGAUCGGGGACUUGGCCGAGUCGGGGGCCCGUUACACCGAGAUGCCCCACGUGAUCGAUAUCACGCUGCCCAUGCUGUGCAACUACCUGCCGCGCUGGUGGGAGAGAGGCCUCGAGAACUUCCCCGAGAUGGAGGGCCAGAUCUGCACCGACGUCACGUCCGAGCAUCUCAAUCAGCUGCUGGGCAGCAUCAUGAAAAUAGUGGUCAACAACUUGGGUAUCGAUGAAGCCUCCUGGAUGAAGAGGUUGGCUGUGUUUUCACAGCCCAUCGUCAGCAGGGCGAAGCCGGAAAUGCUAAAGUCCCACUUCAUCCCCACGAUGGAGAAGCUGAAGAAGCGCACUUCAAAGGUGGUGGCCGAGGAAGACCAUCUGAGGAUGGAGGGGAAAUCCGAGGGGGACGAGGAAGACGGCACCAUACGCGAUGAGUUCGCUGUCCUCUGCAGAGACUUGUAUGCCCUCUACCCGCUGCUUAUUCGCUACGUGGACAACAACAGGGCGAGGUGGCUGACAUGCCCAGACCCCGACGCAGAAGAGCUCUUCCGGAUCGUCGGAGAGGUUUUCAUUUUCUGGUCCAAAUCUCACAACUUCAAACGAGAGGAGCAGAACUUUGUUGUGAUGAAUGAGAUCAAUAACAUGUCGUUCCUCACCGCCGACAGCAAGAGCAAAAUGAGCAAGGGCGGGGACUCAGAGGGCGGAGGCUCAGACACCGAACGCACCAAGAAGAAACGGCGUGGGGAUCGUUACUCCGUGCAGACGUCACUUAUCGUGGCCGCCUUAAAAAAGUUGCUCCCCAUCGGCCUCAACAUGUGCUCCCCCGCCGAUCAGGAGCUCAUCAACUUGGCCAAGAUCAGAUACUCUUUGAGAGACACUGAUGAAGAAGUGAGAGAGUUCCUGCAGAACAACCUCCAUCUCCAGGGCAAGGUGGACAACCCCUCCAUGCGCUGGCAGAUGGCCUUGUACAAGGAGAUGGCGGGGAAAGCCGAAGAUGCCGACGCUCCGAUGAAAGUUGUCAAGAGGGUGCAGGAGGUUUCCGCUGUGCUCUACCACCUGGAAGUGACGGAGCACCCGUUUAAAUCCAAGAAGAUGGUGUGGCACAAGCUGCUGUCCAAGCAGCGCCGCAGGGCGGUGGUGGCCUGCUUCAGGAUGACGCCUCUCUACAACAUCCCAAGGCAUCGAGCUUCAAACAUGUUCCUCGAGGGAUACAAACGCAACUGGCUCCACUCCGAGGGUUACUCGUUUGAAGACCGCAUGAUAAACGACUUAUCCAAAGCCAUGAAGCAAGAGGAAGGAGAUGAAGAGGAGGAGAGAGAAACCAAGCCCGACCCCCUCCACCAGCUCAUUCUGCAUUUCAGUCGUACCGCUCUUACAGAAAAGAGUAAACUUGAUACAGAUCAUCUUUAUAUGGCAUAUGCAGAAAUUAUGGCAAAGAGUUGCCAUAUUAGUGAGGAAGAAGAAGGGAGAGAGGAAAUGGUGAAAAAUGCUGAGGAUGAGAUGUCCUUUGAGGUGCGACAGUCAGAACUGGAAAAAGAAAUGGAGAAACAAAGACUCUUGUACCAGCAGUCCAGACUUCAUAACCGCGGCGCCGCUGAGAUGGUCCUGCAAAUGAUCAGUGCCUGCAAAGGUGAAACCGGACCGAUGGUGACUACGACCCUCAAGCUGGGCAUCUCCAUCCUUAACGGUGGAAACAGCGAAGUUCAACGGAAAAUGCUGGAGUACCUGAGGGAUAAAAAGGACGUGGGCUUCUUUUUGAGCGUCCAGGCACUGAUGCAGACGUGCAGCGUCUUGGAUCUGAACGCCUUCGAGAGGCAGAACAAGGCCGAGGGGCUGGGCAUGGUCUCAGAGGAGGGCACCAACGAGAAGGUGAUGUCAGACGAUGAAUUCACCUGCGACCUCUUCCGCUUCCUGCAGCUGCUUUGUGAAGGUCACAACAACGAUUUCCAGAACUACUUGCGGACGCAGACGGGCAACACGACCACCAUCAACAUCAUCAUCUGCACCGUGGAUUACCUCCUCAGACUCCAGGAGUCCAUCAGUGAUUUCUACUGGUAUUACUCCGGCAAGGACAUCAUUGAUGAACCGGGAAAGAAGAAUUUCUCAAAAGCGAUGACUGUGGCAAAGCAGAUCUUCAACAGCCUCACUGAGUACAUUCAGGGUCCGUGCACCGGGAACCAACAGUCCCUGACCCACAGCCGGCUGUGGGACGCCAUCGUCGGGUUCCUUCACGUCUUCGCCCACAUGAUGAUGAAGCUGGCACAGGACUCCAGCCAGAUCGGUCUGCUGAAGGAGCUUCUGGACCUCCAGAAGGACAUGGUUGUUAUGUUGCUCUCACUGUUAGAGGGAAACGUGGUAAACGGUACCAUCGCACGCCAGAUGGUGGACAUGCUGGUGGAGUCCUCCAGCAACGUGGAGAUGAUCCUCAAGUUCUUCGACAUGUUCCUCAAGCUGAAGGACAUCGUGGCCUCGGACGCGUUCCGCGAUUACGUCACGGAUCCCCGGGGCCUGAUCUCCAGGAAGGACUUCCAGAAAGCCAUGGACAGCCAGAAGCAGUACUCGCCCUCGGAGAUCCAGUUCCUGCUGUCCUGCUCCGAAGCCGACGAGAACGACAUGAUCCACUACGAGGAGUUCGCCGAUCGCUUCCACGAGCCCGCCAAAGACAUCGGCUUCAGCAUCGCCGUUCUCCUCACCAACCUGUCGGAGCACGUGCCGCACGACAUCCGGCUCAAGAACUUCAUCGAGCAGGCGGACAACGUGCUCAACUACUUCCGCCCCUUCCUGGGCCGCAUCGAGAUCAUGGGCGCCAGCAGGAAGAUCGAGCGCAUCUACUUCGAGAUCACCGAGGUGAACCGGAAGCAGUGGGAGAUGCCGCAGGUCCGAGAGUCCAAGCGGCAGUUCAUCUUCGACGUGGUCAACGGCGGCGAGUCGGAGAAGAUGGAGAUGUUCGUGAACUUCUGCGAGGACACCAUCUUCGAGAUGAACAUCGCCUCGCAGAUUGCCGAGCAGGAAGAAGAGUGGAAGGGCGAGGAAGACGAUGAGGGAGAGGAAGUCGCGAGCGAGGCGGGAGAGGCGGCGAACGGAGGCGGAGGCGACGAAGACAACAACGGCGAGGAAGGGCAGCCCGAGUCCAGCUCCGCCUUUGUGGAUUUCAUAAACAGCGUGCUGUGCUUCUUCCGCAUUUUCACCUUCCGUAACCUCCGCCGGCAAUACCGCCGCGUGAGGAAGAUGACGCUCAAGGAGAUCGUGGUGGCUCUGUCCACCUUCUUCUGGACCAUCCUGAUGAGCAUCCUCCACUUCAUCUACAACGUGUGCAAAGGCUUCUUCAUGAUCAUCUGGCAGACGCUGUUCGGCGGCGGCUUGGUGGAGGGGGCGAAAAACAUCACCGUCACGGAGAUCCUCGCGAGCAUGCCGGACCCCACGCAGGACGACGUGCACGGAGACGGGCCGGGGGAGCCGAGGACGGGCGAGGAACAAGACACCGGAGGGGUGACGGACACCGGGGAGACGGGGAGCGGAGAGGAGGAAGAGGAGGACACGCAGGAUAAAGAGGGCGGGAGGGUACCGGGGAUGGAUGUUCCGGGUGGACUCGGAGACAUGGGUGUCGAAUCCCCCGUUGAACCUCCGACACCUGAAGGGACGCCCAUCACCAGGAGGAAAGUGCAACCAGAAGAGAAAGCACCCGACCCCGUUCCUGUCGUCGUGGUAACGCCCCCAGAACCCGAGAAGGCCGACAUUGAGAAAGCGGAGAAAGAAUCCCAGAUUAAGGAGGAAGAGAAGCAAAAAGAAAGAAAGAGAGCGGCCAAAAAGAAGGAAAAGCCGACGAGGGAAGGCAGAUUUAAUAUCUGGAACGAGCUGGAAAACCAAAGGAAUAAAUUCAUGAACUACCUCUCCAGGAACUUCUACAAUUUACGUUUCCUGGCGCUGUUCCUGUCGUUCGCCCUGAACUUCAUCCUCCUCUUCUACAAAGUGUCAGACUCCCGGCAAGAGGCCGAGGACGUGGAAGGAUCCGGACUGUCGGAGGGCAGCGGGAUGUUUGAAGCCUCCGGGUUCUUUGAGGGAUCGGGGGAGGAGCCCGAGGGAUCUGGAAUGGGUGAAGGAGAAGAGGACGAGGAAGAGGUCCCGAUUUAUUUCUACUUAGAAGAGAGCACGGGCUACAUGCAGCCCACGCUGUCUUUCCUCGCCGCCUUGCACACGGUCAUCUCGUUCAUCUGUAUCAUCGGCUACAACUGCCUCAAGAUUCCUCUGGUGCUCUUUAAAAGGGAGAAAGAACUUGCAAGGAAGCUGGAGUUUGACGGCCUCUUCAUCACGGCGCAGCCGGAGGACGAUGACAUCAAGGGCCAGUGGGACCGACUGGUCCUGAACACACUCUCUUUCCCAAACAACUAUUGGGAUAAAUUUGUCAAGCGGAAGGUUCUGGAUAAGUACGGCGACAUUUACGGCAGAGAAAGAAUCGCUGAGCUCCUGGGUGUGGAUCUGGCUUCGCUGGAUGUGAGUCAGCAGCAUGAGAAGAAACAGGAGGAGCCAGACAGCUCCGUGUUUGCCUGGUCGUCCACCAUCGACAUGAAGUACCAAGUCUGGAAAUUCGGUGUUAUAUUCACAGACGGUACCUUCCUGUACCUCUGCUGGUACACCAUCAUGUCUCUUCUCGGCCACUACAACAACUUCUUCUACGCCUGCCACCUGCUGGACAUCGCCAUGGGCGUCAAGACGCUGCGCACCAUCCUGUCCUCCGUCACGCACAACGGCAAACAGCUCAUGAUGACCGUGGGCCUGCUGGCCGUGGUGGUCUACCUCUACACCGUGGUCGCCUUCAACUUCUUCCGCAAGUUCUACAACAAGAGCGAAGACGAGGACGAGCCGGAUAUGAAAUGCGACGACAUGAUGACCUGUUACCUGUUCCACAUGUACGUGGGCGUGCGUGCGGGCGGGGGCAUCGGUGACGAGAUCGACGACCCCGCCGGAGACGAGUACGAGCUGUACCGGGUGGUGUUCGACAUAACGUUCUUCUUCUUCGUCAUCGUCAUCCUGCUGGCCAUCAUUCAGGGUCUGAUCAUCGACGCCUUCGGAGAACUCAGAGACCAACAGGAGCAGGUCAAGGAGGACAUGGAGACGAAAUGCUUCAUCUGCGGCAUCGGAAGCGACUACUUUGAUACGACGCCGCACGGCUUCGAGACGCACACGCUGGACGAACACAACCUGGCCAACUACAUGUUCUUCUUGAUGUAUCUUAUCAACAAAGAUGAGACGGAGCACACCGGGCAGGAGUCGUACGUGUGGAAGAUGUACCAGGAGCGCUGCUGGGACUUCUACCCGGCCGGAGACUGCUUCAGGAAGCAGUACGAGGACCAGCUCUCAUAACCCACCACGACGCCGCACGGAGGUAACCACGACGACGCCGCACGGAGGUAACCACGACGACGCCGCACGGAGGAAACCACGACGACCGCAGCGCUGCUCGUGUUCAUCAUUCCUGACGACGCUCACGGAGAAAUGACUCACGAAAAAUGCGAAAAUAACUUUUUCAUGAACAAUUUACAGCGAGAACAUGACGUCAAAACAUGAAAUGCAAAUGGGAUUCACACUGUUUUAGUUCGGUUUAGUGUCAUCACGUAUUUAAUAAUAUUUAAUUAUACAACCAUUUGCAUGAAAAUGUUUCCUCCAAACUAAUUCAGGGUUAUUAUGGGAUUCCAUAAACGAGUUUUAACUAGUUUUCUCCUUGUGACAAGAUAAAAGUGCCGAGCAUCGAUUACCACACGUGUAAAAGUACGCUUCACACUUUUCUGUCUUUAUGUGUAAUCACUAGUUUGAUUCAAAUGAAUUAUAUAUAUUUUUUCUGAUUAUUGUCACUUUCACUUUUGCGUAUUCAUUUUUAAUUUCUCUUUGUUUAGUUUUUUUUGAUUUAUUUUAAAUAUUUUUGUUUAUUGUUUUUCAAGACGAGUUAAAGGUCUUUGUAAUGUGACAUUAUGCUCACCUGCAUCAUAUUGUACGUGUAUUGUAUAAUAUAUAUAUGUAAAUAUAUAUAUAUGUAUGUGUGUAUAUAUAUAUGUAUGUAUGUGUAUAUGUAUAUAUAUAUAUACAUGUAUGUGUGUGUAUAUAUAUAUAUAUAUGUGUGACGGUGCUAAUGUCCAUUUAAAACCCUUAAAAUGUGGUACACUUACUUUAGGGAUGCAAUUCCGGGUCAGUGAAUAUAUUUCUACUAAAUUAUAAGUGGCGAUCAAAAGGUAUUUAAAUUAGAUUAAAAAUCUGCAAUUUUACUUAAUUAUGUAGUAAAAUGACACAGGAAAGGACUGAAAGGCAAAAGAUGGCGAGAGGAAGUGCCCGUCGGGCCGCGGUGGCGCCGGGAGGCUGAGAGACACUGUGGUGUUUGUCCGGUGGACGUCUCUGCGGUUGUGAACUCAGUUUUUUGGGGAUUCAAAUGAGAAUGUUGGAAAAUGAGCCCAAGAGAUUUAUUUAUUUAAACGGAAUCCCAAAAAUAACUUUUAUUAUUUCUUGUGUUUGUAAAACUGAAAUGAUAUUAAAAGAUAAAUAUGUAAAAGAAAACCGAUGA